AAUGGCGAUGGUGAAGCAGUGAGACGAGCUGGGAGCUAGGUGAAUUGUUGCGAACACCGUGUUUUAUUGAUAUUUGGUAUCAGUACACGAUAGAAAAUGUUUAUCUACUUAAGUAAAAAGAUUGCCAUACCUAACAACACCAAAUUGAAGUGUGUUUCAUGGAACAGAGAACAGGGCUACAUUGCAUGCGGUGGAGAAGAUGGAUUACUUAAAGUACUUAAACUGGAAACACAGCAAAGUAAAGAUGCUAAGGUUAGGGGUUUGGCAGCACCAAGUAAUUUAUCAAUGAAUCAAUCUUUAGAAGGACAUAGUGGAGCCGUACAGGUUGUGACAUGGAAUGAACAUUACCAGAAACUAACAACCAGUGAUCAAUAUGGAUUAAUUAUAGUUUGGAUGCUAUACAAAGGUUCAUGGUAUGAGGAGAUGAUUAAUAAUCGUAAUAAAUCAGUUGUAAGAAGUAUGGCGUGGAAUGCAGAUGGACAGAAAAUAUGCAUUGUGUACGAGGAUGGUGCUGUAAUAGUUGGUUCAGUGGAUGGCAACAGAAUAUGGGGUAAAGAAUUAAAAGGAAUGCAGUUAUGUCAGGUUGAAUGGUCAGCCGAUGGUAAACUGUUGUUAUUUGGUAUGACUAAUGGUGAAACCCAGAUAUUUGACUCACAAGGAAACUUCUGUUCUAAGUUGGGUUUGUUCUGUUUGACAAACGUGACCGGUGCUGUAAAGAUUGCUGGCCUUGAAUGGUAUAAUGGUAGCAGCGGUUACGUAGAACCUGGGUGUCCAUGUCUUGCACUAUGUUUUGAUAAUGGCAGAGCUCAGGUCAUGAGAAGUGAAAUGGACGAAAAUCCAGUUCUAUUGGACACUGGAAUGUAUGUUGCUCAGAUCCAAUGGAACCAAACUGGAUCUGUAUUAGCCAUAGCAGGGUCACAGAAAGCGCAGCAAGGAGACAAGGACAUCAAUGUAGUGCAGUUCUACACACCGUUUGGCGAGCAUCUGAGAACUCUGAAAGUCCCUGGAAAACAGAUGCUGUCUUGUUCGUGGGAAGGUGGUGGUCUGCGUAUUGCAUUGGCUGUGGAUAGUUUCAUCUACUUUGCAAAUAUCCGUCCUAAAUACAAGUGGGGUUACUGUGCGAAUACCGUAGUGUAUGCGUUCACGAAACCAGAAAGGCCUGAACAUUGUGUUGUCUUCUGGGACACCAAGAACACUGAGAGAUACAUUAAAUAUGUGAAGAACCUGAUUUCUGUGACUGCAUAUGGUGAUCAUUGUAUCCUAGCAACCAAAGCUGAUGACACCACUGGACAAGACCCAGAUUCACCAACACAGUAUGUUCUAGUGCUAUGUAACUCCAUCGGAACCCCAUUAGAUUCAAAAUACAUUGAUAUAGAACCAGUGCAUGUUGCAAUGACAAGAACACACGUCAUUGCAUCAUCAAGGGAAGCAUUCUACACAUGGCAGUUUAAAACUCCCAAGAAACUCACUGCUAUGGAAGUACAUCAGUCAACAUCUAAGAAGAAAGAUGGCCGUGAGAGAGUGUUCCAUAUAGAUGAUACGCCCUCUGGUGCUGGGGAGGGGUAUACAGACUUCUCUAAAGCUUUCACUGGAACUCGUGAUAAAAUCACAUGUCUAUGUGCUUCUGAUAAGAUGUUGAUAAUUGGUAGAGAGACGGGAACGUUACAUCGCUAUUCACUCCCACAUCUAGCAUUGGUCAAUAAAUAUGCUUUAAAUUGUCGACCACAUGGACUUUCUCUCAAUUGUAAUUCUACGAGACUGGCUAUCAUAGAUAUUUCUGGUAUCUUGUCAUUUUUUGAUCUUGAUGUCAAGUUCACUAACCCAGAAGGUCAGGAAGUUCAAGGGUCAACACUGAACUUUGAGCGCAAGGAUGUGUGGGACAUGAAAUGGGCCGAGGAUAAUUCUGAAUUGUUUGCGAUGAUGGAGAAGACGAGAAUGUAUAUAUUUAGAAAUUUAGAUCCAGAGGAACCAAUCCUCAGUAGUGGGUAUAUAUGUAAUUUUGAAGAUUUACAAAUCAAGUCAGUCCUAAUGGAUGAAGUAAUGAAAGAUCCGGAACAUCCAAAUAAAGAAAACCUACUAGACAUGGAAAUCAAGUCACUGAGAGACAGUAGAGAUUUAUUGGAUAAAGUUGGUAUUGAAGAUGCAUCUCAGUUUAUUGAAGAUAAUCCUCAUCCCAGACUGUGGCGUCUGUUAGCAGAAGCUGCAUUGGAGAACUUGGACUUGAAGGUCGCUGACCAGGCCUUUGUUCGGUGCCGUGAUUACCAAGGCAUUGAAUUUGUCAAGAAACUAGGUAACCUGCAGAGUGAAAUGAUGAAACAAGCCGAGGUAGCCGCUUAUUUCAAGCGAUUUGAAGAAGCAGAAAGGAUGUAUCUAGAUAUGGAUAGGAGGGAUUUAGCAGUUAACCUGCGAGUCAAACUCGGUGAUUGGUUUCGUGUGGUACAACUCUUGAAGACAGGAAGUGGUGGUGGUGAUGACCAGCAGUUAGAAGACGCUUGGAAUGCCAUUGGGGAUUACUAUGCGGAUAGGCAGAAAUGGCAGCAGGCUGUGACAUACUAUGUCCAGGGUAGAAAUCAGGAACGCUUAGCUGAGUGCUACUAUAUGCUGGAGGACUUUGGUGGUCUGCACAAAAUGGUUGAAUCUUUACCUGAAAACCAUAGACUCCUACCAGAGAUAGCUGGGAUGUUUGUGACAGUUGGCAUGUGUGAACAAGCUGUGGAAGCCUAUCUCAAGUGUAACCGAGUGAAAGCAGCAAUUGAUUGUUGUGUACAUUUAAACCAAUGGAACCAAGCUGUUGAUUUAGCCAAGGCGCAUAAUGUGAAAGAAAUUGACGCACUGCUUGGUAAAUAUGCUUCACAUCUGUUGGAAAAAGAUAAGAAAUUACAAGCCAUUGAGUUGUAUAGGAAGUCAAAUCACUACCUGGAAGCUGCUAAACUCAUGUUUAAGAUUGCUGAUGAGUAUGCCAAGAAGAGAGUGAAACCACUACGAACCAAAAAGAUGUACGUGUUAGCAGCUCUGUUGAUUGAACAAUACCAUGAUCAAAUUAAAGUCUCAUCCAAAUUAAAAGCUAAGGGAAAACGGGAGGCUAGUUCAGCACUUGCCGGGUUGCUAGAGGAAGACGCCAUAGCAACAUCAGAUAGUAAACUUAUUGAUAAUGCAUGGAGAGGAGCUGAAGCAUUCCAUUUCUUUCUUCUUGCACAAAGACAGUUGUAUCAAGGAUAUGUUGAUGCUAGUAUGAAAACUGUUUUACAUCUGCGAGACUAUGAUGACAUCAUGGACCCUGUCGAUAUAUAUUCACUGCUUGGCUUAGCUGCCUGCGCCAAUAGGGCAUUCGGUACUUGCUCCAAAGCAUUCAUUAAACUUGAAUCCUUGGAGACGUUAUCACCAGAUCAUUUACAGCAAUACGAAGACCUGGCGCUGAACAUCUUUACCAAGCACAGUCCUAAAGACACUAGAAGCAAUAAAUCUGAAUGCACCAGUUGUGAAACCAUGAUUCCAGAUUGGUGUGCUGUGUGUCCCAGCUGUGAUACUAAGUUUCCCACGUGCAUUGUGACGGGGCGACCUCUAAUGGACUAUCAAUUCUGGAUGUGUGCAAACUGUAAACAUAGAGCCUAUGAAAAUGAAAUCAGUGCACUCAGCAACUGUCCACUCUGUCAUGCAUCAAUUUAAGAGAAUUGGACAGUGUACACCGAUUUCAUUAUAUAGGAUGAAUGGUUCAUGCAAUGGUUCACGGAUGUGUCAGCAUUGAAGUUACAUUCCUACAUUUCCUAGUUAAAAAAAGCAAUCAAUAAUUGGGUGAUGAGCAUUAGCAGUAUUGGAAAUAGAGGGAGGGAGGUUGAAACAAAUUAUUGUCAAUUUCAUAGUCAAGGAAAUUGUAUAAUUUUGCUGCAAGUGAACUUAAGAAUUGUAAUAUUAAAUUUUUUUCUGUCUUACCAUGCUACAUCUAAACUAUGGAUGGAACAUGGUGAUAGAGGAAUGCCCCCCCCCCCUCCAACAAAAGAUGUUGACUGCCCCUUAAUAAAAUCUCCACUACAUUUAUGUUUUAUUUUGUAUCCAUGUUUUAAUAUACCAAUGGGCUGAAAGGUCUCUACAAUUGUAUAUAUUGUGUGUGAAGUAUGUAUAUUUUGUAAAUUAAUUUCUGAGUCCAAUUAGCUGAUUUUUCUACCCUGUAUUUUUGCUAUUCAAGAUAUACCUGUAGCUAAAUUAGUAUGAACAGUUUUGAGUCACAUUGGAGUCUUUUGCCUGUGUAUAUGUGGACUAGAUUCAGUCCCAAAUUGUAUCCCCAGUAAAUGUUCUUGUCUCAUUUUACAAUUGAUUUUUUAUAUGACAUUUGUGGGGAACAUUAAAAUCAAAAGUUUUGAUUUGUAGUGAUUGUCACAUUCUGUA